UCUUCUGUGGCUUCCCCCUCCUCCUUUAUCUCCUCCCUCUCAUUAUCUGCACAGUUCCCCAGCAUCCCAGUGACGCAGGAACGAAAGAAAAAACAUCAGGAUAACAGGAUCAGCAUCAGGACCAUCAUCCGAUUGAUAGCAGGACACAGCAUCAGGACCAGAACCCACCAGAUAAGGAGGAGGUGAGGACUAGGUCUCAGCAUCAGGUGAAUCAGGACCAAGGACAGCAGCCUGUGAUAGAGCAAGGCCUGGUGAACAGAGAACCAUGACUAGAGAAGAUCCUCUAGAUUGCGCCCCGGAGGAAAAGCAGCACCCCCUGGAUUUCCAGAGCCCCAUCCUAGAGAGAAGGAAAAGGCCCGUGGUUCACCCCUCUGCCCCAGCUCCUCUUCCAAAGGAUUAUGCGUUCACAUUCUUUGACCCUAAUGACCCGGCGUGUCAGGAAAUCUUGUUUGACCCCCAAACAACCGUCCCUGAACUAUUUGCUAUCAUCCGGCAAUGGGUUCCACAAGUUCAGCACAAGAUCGAUAUUCUGAAGAGGGGAUGUCAUGUGAAUGACAGAGAUGGACUAACAGACAUGACACUGUUACACUACGCAUGUAAAGCUGGAGCCCAUGGAGUGGGAGACCCAGCAGCCGCUGUUCGAUUAACCAAUCAGCUUCUUCAACUGGGGGCUGACGUAACUCUGCGCAGCCGAUGGACUAGCAUGAAUGCCCUGCACUAUGCUGCAUACUUUGAUGUCCCAGAACUUCUACGCAUCUUACUGAAAUCAUCAAAACCUAAAGUGCUAAAUUCCACCUGCAGUGAUUUUAGCCAUGGUACCGCUGUGCACAUCGCUGCCUCUAAUCUUUGCCUGGGAGCUGUCAAGUGUCUGCUGGAACAUGGUGCCAACCCAUCCGUCAGGAACAGCAAGGGACAGGUCCCAGCGGAUGUGGUUCCUGACCCCAUGGAUAUGGGCCUAGACAAAGCCGAAUCUGCCAUGAUUGCCAAGGAGCUGAAGCAGCUGCUGUUGGACUCGGUGCCCUUAACUUGUAACCUACCCAAGGUCACACUGCCCAACUACGACAACAUACCUGGUAAUCUGAUGCUGGCGUCUAUAGGACUGAAGCUGGGUGACCGAGUGCUGCUCGAUGCAGAGAAGGCUGGCACACUGCGCUUUUGUGGCACCACUGAAUUUGCCAGUGGUCAGUGGGUGGGAGUCGAGCUGGACGAGCCAGAGGGAAAGAAUGAUGGUAGUGUGGGGGGCAUUCACUAUUUUAUCUGUCCCCCCAAACAUGGACUAUUUUCUUCUGUGUCCAAGGUCAGUAAAGCCCCUGAGCAGCCUCCGUCCUCUGUCACCUCCACACCAAAGACUCCUCGUAUGGACUUCUCCAGGGUCACAGGCAAGGGGAGGAAGGAGAAAAAAUCAAUAAAGAAGAAGUCCAUCAGUGUGGGCAGUCUAGACAAAGAGGGACUGAACAUCGACUUGGGGGACCAAGUACUUGUGGCUGGACAGAAACAGGGAGUGGUGCGCUUCUAUGGGAAGACAGAUUUUGCUCCAGGAUACUGGUUUGGAGUCGAGCUGGAAAAGUCUUCAGGGAAACAUGACGGCUCAGUAUUUGGUGUUCGGUAUUUUACCUGCCCCCCAAAAUAUGGAGUCUUCGCUCCGCCCUCCAGAGUUCAGCGGAUCGGUGGCCCAAAGGAACCACAAGCAGACAAUAACGCAGUGAAAAAAGUGCAUCAAGUAACUAUGUCACAGCCAAAGCGUAACUUCAACACAGUGCGGACACCGAAAGAGAUCGCAUCAGAAAACUCUAUCUCCAGGUUGCUGUUCUGCUGCUGGUUUCCCUGGCUGCUGCGUGCUGAGAUGCAAUCCUAACCUUGUUUCCUGCUAGUCCAGCAUCCUAUCACCUGGAGCCACAGACUGCCGCCUCCCUCUGUCUGUGUCUGCAUCCCCCGACUCCCCCAGUGCCUUGUCUAAUGUUCCUCUGAUUAAGGGGCCCCUCUGUGUGUCACUGUCCCAUUCAGUGCAGGAUAAAUCGAGGAGUGGGGGGUCAGGACAAUCCGGCGUCAUUCUGCUGAAGGUUCACUUGCUUCCGUCUUCUACAGAACCUUCUACCGAAAGACUGAAUCAGCAGGAACCUCCAGCACUGCCCGAGCUUGCCCCAGUUGCCAUUUAUUCUAUGUUUAUAGGGAUGACAUGAUACAAAUACUGGGAUACUGCUGACUUAAAGACCUCUAGCUAUCAAGGCAAAAAGCAAAGUUUAGUACUCCACAACAACCAAUUGCCAAUGUCCUGACUGCUCUAAACUGCAGUAUGCGAAAAUCUGAUUGGUUGCUGCAGGGUAUUGCACCUCAUUGCUCUUUGUGGU